CUCUCCUCACUACACGCAUUCUUCAACCAUCACUCAUCCAACAUCUUCCCAACAAUGGCCACCGUGUCGAAUUUGGGCACUGAAAGGCCGGUGGUGAUCUUCAGCAAAAGCGAUUGUUGCAUUUCCCACUCCAUUAAGACAUUGAUAUAUAGUUUUGGAGCGAGUCCUGCCAUUUACGAGCUUGAUGAAAUUUCAAAUGGACGACAAUUGGAAAGGGAGUUGUUGUCGUUAGGACGUCGGCCUAGUGUGCCUGCUGUGUUCAUAGGGGGGGAGUUGGUUGGCGGUUCUAAUGAGAUCAUGAGCCUCCAAAUCCAAGGGAAGCUAGUCAAAUUGCUGAGAGAGGCUAAAGCUAUAUUUCUGUAA